UUCCCUUUUCUUUGAGUUCCCCGUUCCCCCCGCUCAAUGUUUUAUCGACUUCAGUUCCGUCGUGCUCCUUUUUUAUUGCAAUUUCUAAUCCAUCAUCAAAUUGUGAUCUUUUUCCCGUCUGUCUAUCUUAGUUAAUGUGAUACGUGAUUUCAUCAGUACUCGUGUUUUUCUGCGUUAUAAGACAAAACACUGCAACCAGUUUCCAAGGGCCGUCCUUGAUUGCAUUAUCACACCAUUCGAGUAACAUAUUGCUUUGUUUAUCUGAAGCAGCCAGGAGGAAAACUCUUUUCUUCAUUCGUCUCUCAGCAUCUUGCUAAGACUUUGUGGUAGUACCGAGUUUGAAUUGCCUUCUUUGCACUGUCAAAUCAACUUCACUGUUAAAGUUUGUCUCACGGAAUACCCAUAAUGUAAAUCCCUCUUUUGCAACUCCCAGUGAGUCAUCCUCGUAAAGAAUUAACAGGCAAAGCAGAUCUUCGUUUUCAUCACAAUGGACCAGAUAUCUGAUGCCAACAGCUCGCAAACAACAAUACCUGAAAAUGAUCAUCUGUGCAAAUUGAUCCUCUAUAUGGAUGUGCCCAACACUAAGAUUCGUGUUUGGGAUGUCAUCAUUCUUGUUCCAAAUUUAAUAUUCCUGCUCUUCCUUGGAUUUCGUUUCAAUCGAGCAAUUUUAAAACUCAGGGCAACGAGCAGCCCUAUUUUUCUCGCAUUUUAUGGACUGGUGGUUUUGAAUACAGUAAUGAGUGUUGUUCGCUGCAUUGCCUCUAUGUUAAUGAGUGCUGCGGCAAUUGAAGGCAGCUACAUUGAUAUUGUCCUUUGGGUCACUGUUCGCUUCUUCUUACUGUCAACGGAAAUGAGUGUCGUUGUCUUUGGUCUUGCAUUUGGUCAUCUAGAUAGUCGCAGCAGUAUACGGUAUGUUCUGCUCACUACAUCAUUCAUUUCGUUUGGUUAUUCUACAAUGCAAGGAGCGCUUGAGAUAUUCCAGCCGGACAAGAACGUUAGCUUUGGAUUGAGUGACAACCGAAUUUUUGGUCACGGUGGAAUGCUAUUUUGGUGUGUCAGCUCUGUCAUCUUUACCCUGAUAUACAUGGUGAUAUUUAUCCUUCCAUGGACGAAACUUCGAGAACGCCUACCAUUACCUGCAAAAAAAUCAUUCUACGCCUAUGUCUUACUACUAAUGCUGCUGAAUCUGAGUCAGGCAGUUGGCAGUGGUCUUCUUCUGUUCAACAACCUGCAAGGAAUAUGUGUUGUCGAUGUUACAACAUGUAUCUAUUAUACUCUUUUCACGCCACUUGUAUAUGUAGCUUUUCUCAGUGAUUUCUUUAGUAUAGCACAAUCUAGUAUUAUGUUUUCAUACAAAGCUCAAAUUGAAGAUAACAUGGAUGAUGAUACUGUGUCCCUUCCACAUCAGCAGAGUUUUUCUUCGCUUAAAACUGACUCUGAUUAUAUUUAUCAGGGUAACGGAGCCUACGAUAGCACACAGUUCACAGGCGGUGGUCACGGAAAUAUGCUUUAUUCAGCCUCCCUCCAAAGCCCUGAUAGCAUAACAGGCUACAGUUUAAACAGUCAAACAAUAGAUAUACCAGCGCCCAUGAAACCUGCCAGUGAUAAAUAAUAACCUAACC